GGUUUUGUUUGGAAUAAGGAGGUAUUAUAAAUGAUUAAGAGGUAGUUAAAAAACUAAUGAAACAUCACUUUGUAAUUCAGCAAAUACUAAUUCGUCCGUCAUUCCUAUAAUUAUAAAAAUGAAUUCAGCACAUUGGAUAAGUGUUUUAUAUGGAAGUACUUCGAUUUUGUGGGGGAUAGCCGCAAAAAUCGUUAAAAUAACUGCCGUCAUAACUGUGAACAAACAAAACGAUGCAAUCAAUGAAAUUUUGUUUUACGGAUCAGAAAAUGAAGAACAAAACAAAAAAGUGGGUUUAAAUAAUCUUUGCUGUAUUUAUUAUAUAAUCGUUCACGCCAGCAAAACUGUUGAUGUGUGUGUGCCUACCCUGAGAAGCGAAACCAUAUCGAAAUGUCUUCUAAGCGUACAUCAGAAUAAUCACACUAAAGUAAGAAUAAUUGUCCAUGGAACUAACGAUUUGAUAUGCUUGCAAUCAUUCUUCGACUGUGGUAUUGAAGUCAAAAUUAUUAAUUCAGAAGUCAAAAUGGAACACGAAUUUUUAUUAAUCGACGCGAAUUGCCCUGAUGCUUUGGCAAUCGUCGGGUCCUUGGAUUACGAAGUAAAUAGAGUUAAUUGCAGCCGAGAUAAUACACUUCUCACUUCGGAAUAUGCCCUCGUAUCUGUUCUAAAGCGUGAAUUCAAUAGGAUUUGGAUGUGCAACGACAAUGUUGAGAAAGGUUACAACAGUCAGGAGAACAAUAAAAAAACCGUUUAAAUGAAUACUUACUUAAUUUGAUGUCGACCAUCUUUUAAAAGUUUGAUCAAAAUAUAUUUUUAAUAAACAUAACUGAA